AUGGAAUUAUUACCGGACGGACAAAGGAAUACUGCCACCGAAGUGUCCUGGGAUGACCAGCAGAAAAUCAACAAAUUCUCUACGUUAAUAAAUAAAAAGGAUGAGAAUUUGGAAGUGUUGAAGAAACUCAAGGAGGAAAAGGAAUAUCUCGAUGAUUUGUCUUUGGAGAUUGAGUUAUUGGACGAAGAUGAGAAGAUUCAGUACAAAGUUGGUGAAGUUUUCAUAUUCAUGAAGGUUAACAAGGUGAUCGAAAAAAUUGAGGUCGACAACGAAGUGUUGACGGAGAAGAUCAGCAACAUCGAAACUUCAGUUGAAGAUAUCGACGACCUGUUGGAGAGCUAUAAGAAGCAAUUGUAUGCCAGGUUUGGCAAUAAUAUUAAUCUUGAACGCUAG